AUGGCAUCAUCCAACUCUAUCACAGUGACGCUGUCACAGCUCGCGAAGAUGAUCGAUCAUUCCCUCCUUCAUCCCACCAUGACUGACGCCGACAUCAUUGCGGGCCUCAAGAUCGCUAAGGAGAACAGUGUCGCCACGGCCUGCAUCAAGCCCUACUCCAUUGGACUCGCCAAGAAAGAGCUCGCAGGCACCGAUGUUGAAAUUUGUGCAGUCAUCGGCUUCCCUCACGGGAACAGCACCACCGAAUGCAAAGUGCACGAAGCCACCGAGGCAGGUUUGGAGGGUGCGAAGGAGAUCGAUAUGGUCGUCAACGUCGGAAAAGUCCUGGGCGGAGAUUGGCAAUAUGUUACCGAAGAGAUCAAGUUGAUCAAUGAGGCCGUCAUACGCACCGGCGCCAUUCUGAAGGUUAUUUUCGAAAAUGAUUACCUUCAACCUGAGCACAUCAUCAAGCUGUGCAAGAUCUGUACUGAAUUAAAGGUCGCGUUUGUCAAGACCUCAUCUGGAUAUGGAUUUGUCAAGCAGUCGGAUGGAUCAUACAAUUAUCUUGGUGCCACUGUUCGAGACCUGAAGCUGAUGCGUGAGCACUCCGGUGCUAAUGUUCAGAUCAAGGCCGCUGGUGGUGUUCGCACUCUUGAUGAUCUGCUGCAUGUUAUGAGUCUGGGUGUUACACGUAUUGGUGCCACUGCCACAAUCCCUAUUCUGGUGGCUGCAAAGGAGCGAGGAAUUGGCGACGAGCCAACUGUUGUCACUUUCAAGCCCAUGGCGAAUACGAGUGGAGGAUAUUGA